GGCGGGCCAAAGACCCAACCCAAACCAGGCUCCACCCCUCUGUGCCGCCUCAGACUGAAGUCGGAGGCCAGCCUGGCAGAGGUUUGACAGUCAGCUUAGCCCACCAUGCCUAUGACACUAGGAUACUGGGACAUCCGCGGGCUGAGUCACACCAUCCGCCUGCUCCUGGAAUACACAGACUCAAGCUAUGAGGAGAAGAGAUACACCAUGGGGGACGCUCCGGACUAUGACAGAAGCCAGUGGCUGAGUGAGAAAUUCAAGCUGAGCCUGGACUUUCCCAAUCUGCCCUACUUGAUUGACGGGCCUCACAGGAUCACCCAGAGCAACGCCAUCCUGCGCUACCUUGCCCGCAAGCACAACCUGUGUGGGGAGACAGAAGAGGAGAAGAUUCGUGUGGACAUUUUGGAGAACCAGGCUAUGGACUCUCGCAUGCAGCUUGGCAGGCUUUGCUACAACCCUGACUUUGAAAAACUGAAACCUGAGUUCUUAGAAGGCCUCCCUGAGAAGAUGAAGCUUUACUCACAGUUCCUGGGGAAGCACCCAUGGUUUGCAGGGGAGAAGAUCACCUUUGUGGAUUUCAUCGCUUAUGAUAUCCUUGACCAGCACCGUCUGUUUGAACCCAAGUGCCUUGAUGCAUUCCCAAACCUGAAGGACUUCAUGUCCCGCUUUGAGGGCCUAAGGAAGAUCUCUGACUACAUGAAGUCCAGCCGCUUCCUCCCCAGGCCUAUUUUUGCAAAGAUGGCCCAUUGGAAUAAAAAAUAGUAAACUGUCAUGCCAAGGUUAAAUGGGGAUCCAAGGUUGCCCCUGCUGUUCUGGGUCCUGGGGCACAACUAACUCUCAGCACCCUGGCAUCUGUCUUCUCAUUCCCUUCUUCUUCUUUCCACAACCUUCUCCUCUGCAAGGCCUCAUUGCCUUGCUUUUCUCCUAAUCAACCCCUUGUCUAGUAAAUCCACUGUAAGUUACAGCUCCCCUUCCUUAUCCCUAUCCUAAAUCCAACCAGACAGUCCUCAGCUCUGCUUUUAGGAGCAUGACUGAGUCCAUGCUCCCCUGCACUGCCCCAACUCCAGUACUACCUGGUGAGCUGGCUCUGGUCCCCAGCAUGGCAGCUGUCCAGCCCUGUCUGACCCCAAUAAAGUCUGGACCACACUU